GCCCAUUAGUCUGUUGUGAGGCCCCCGAGGACUGGCAUGGCAAUGGCAGGAGUGAAGUGAACAUGCCUUGCACUCUCCUGUUCUAGCUGUGCCGCAUGCCUGCUGGUCAAGCACAGAGAAGCUUACGAGGGACUCCACCUUGCCUCAUGUAGGAGCCGCAUCAAUUGGGUGACUCGUGGGAAGAAUGCCACCUGCUAAGGAGCCACAGGAGAGGCGUAGGUGGGAGUGGGACAGCUGUGCCCUGGCUGGAGUGGACUGCCAGGCACACAGGGCAGGAGCUGUUGCGUGCUGCUCCGAUCGCUGCUGGAAGGUUUCCUUCACGGAGAGAAGGGCCUUGCUUGAGUGAGCACCCAUGCACAGGGAAACGGAUCAGGACCGUGGCUGGAGCUGUCUGCCUCCCUGUGCCCAGAAGAUGACCAGGUUGCUCUUGGGGGUGACCCUGGAAAGGAUUUGCAAGGCCGUGCUGCUGCUCUGCCUACUCCACUUUGUUAUCAUCAUGAUUCUCUACUUUGACGUCUACGCGCAGCACCUGGACUUCUUCAGCCGCUUCAACGCCAGGAAUGCCUCGCGCGUGCACCCCUUCUCCAACUCCUCUCGGCCCAACAGCACAGCCCCCAGCUAUGGGCCAGCUGGAGCUGAGCCCCCGUCCCCCAGCACCAAGCCCAACACCAACCGCUCCGUCACAGAGAAGCCCUUGCAGCCCUGCCAGGAGAUGCCCCCUGGCUUAGUCGGGCGCCUGCUCAUCGAGUUCAGCUCCCCUAUGAGCAUGGAGCGGGUGCAGCGGGAGAACCCUGACGUGAGCCUGGGUGGCAAGUACACCCCGCCAGAUUGCCUGCCCCGGCAGAAGGUGGCCAUUCUCAUCCCCUUCCGGCACCGUGAGCACCACCUCAAGUACUGGCUGCACUACCUGCACCCCAUCCUGCGCCGGCAGAAGGUGGCUUAUGGCAUCUACAUCAUCAACCAGUAUGGCGAGGACACCUUCAACCGGGCCAAGCUGCUCAAUGUGGGCUUCCUGGAGGCACUCAAGGAUGACGAGGAGUAUGACUGCUUCAUUUUCAGCGAUGUGGACCUCAUCCCUAUGGAUGACCGCAACCUGUACCGCUGCUACGAGCAGCCACGGCACUUUGCUGUUGGCAUGGACAAGUUUGGGUUCAGGCUGCCAUAUGCAGGGUACUUUGGUGGUGUCUCUGGGUUGAGCAAGUCCCAGUUCCUAAAGAUCAACGGCUUUCCCAACGAGUACUGGGGCUGGGGAGGAGAGGACGAUGACAUCUUUAACCGUGAUCCCCAUCUGCUUGCAUCCUCCAGGAUCUCCCUGAACGGCAUGAAGGUGUCAAGGCCCGACAUCCGCAUCGGGAGGUAUCGCAUGAUCAAGCACGAACGUGACAAACACAACGAGCCCAACCCACAGAGGUUCACCAAGAUCCAGAACACCAAAAUGACCAUGAAGAGGGAUGGGAUCAGCUCACUGCAGUACCGGCUGGUGGAGGUGUCACGCCAGCCCAUGUACACCAACAUCACGGUGGAGAUCGGCAGGCCACCCCCACGCUUGGCCCGGGGCUAGUGCUUGCCCUGCAGGCAAAGCUGCAUGGAGCUGGUGCUCUGUGCCAGGGCUGGCUGGACGCUGUGGAUGUUGCUCCAGCCCCAGGGCAAGGACUGAACGGGGAUGUUUUCUGCCUACUCUGCUGCCUUUCGGAGACGGCUGUGCCCCAGCCCACCUGUUGGUCCUGAGGAUUUCUGCAAUCUGUUGUCUCCCCUUUCCCCAUCCUUACAAGUGUGUUUCCAGAACCCCUAUACUCUGCGUGUUGGCUGAAGCACCCGUUUGCCCUGCACGCAGCUCCCAAACAGAUGGAGGGGACAGUCCCAGCCCUGGUGAGGAGCCCAUUGCCCAUGCCAGCUCAUGCCUGCACCCUGGGAGGGAAGGAUGAGCCCCAAGGUCAGCCCAGCACCCAGUCCCCACCGGUGCUGUGAGAAGCGGGGUGCAGGCUUCCCCCUUCGCCAGUGCUGGAGCUGCUACUGCCCUGGCUGAAGGCAGGGGGAGUAGCCCAGGCCCCCACAGCAGGCAGGAUCGGACACACAGAUGUGGCUCGCUGUCUUCCUCUGCUGUAGUCUGGUGCUCAGAGCUGGGUCUCAGCUCUGCUGAACAGCGACCUCUGGUUAGCGAGCACCCCUCGCUGUGCCUCAGUUUCCCCGGGGCUGGCAGCCACGUCCCCUUUCCCCUCUCUGAAGGCAGAUGCUGUGUGCGUGUCCAUAUUAACCCACACGUGCACCAGCUCUCCCCACUUUGGGCAAUAGGGUGACGUGAAACCUCACAGCCCCUCUUGGCCAGGGGGCUGCCCCGGGGCCCUCUCCACCCACAUGCUGUUUGCAGGCCAUGGGGAAUGGCUGGCUCUGCCCUUGCUGCUCUCCAGCUUCCCCUCUCCAGCUCUGGGGUAGGGAGGAGAGGACAGGGCCAUGCGGGGCAGGUGCCCCAUCUCUCCCCACUUCCCCUCCUUGGGGCUGGGGGCACAGCCACACCCCUGCAGCCAGCUGGGCAGCAGGGACACUGGCAACUUUUGUACAUUUGAAUGUCUGACCCUUUUUUUGAGCGUAUGUUGAAUGCAGCAUUCGGUCGUAGAGACCUGGGUUUUUGUAUUUAAUAAAAAUUUCAAAAGUUUA